CGCCCGGUGCUGCCCUCACGCGCUUGCGCACGUCUCAGCGAGCGGCUGGCGGGCGGCGCGCCGCUGCGGAGCCGGAGCCGGAGCCCGAGGCGCGGGCCGGUCCAGUCGGGGCUUGGCGGGGUCGACGGGGCCUCAGGGCCCGGCGAAGAGGGAGCGCGGAGCCAGCUCCUGGACCGCGACGGCUGACUGCGACCGAGCGUCCGGGGUCCUACCGAAGCGAUGUUGUGGUUCCAGGGCGCCAUUCCGGCCGCCAUCGCGUCGGCAAAGAGGAGCGGCGCGGUGUUCGUGGUGUUCGUGGCAGGUGAUGAUGAGCAGUCUACACAGAUGGCUGAAAGUUGGGAAGAUGAGAAAGUGACAGAAGCAUCUUCAAACAGUUUUGUUGCUAUUAAAAUUGAUACCAAAAGUGAAGCCUGCCUGCAGUUUUCACAAAUCUAUCCAGUGGUCUGUGUUCCAUCCAGUUUUUUUAUUGGAGAUAGUGGGAUUCCCUUGGAAGUAAUAGCAGGGAGCAUUUCUGCAGAUGAGCUUGUUAAAAGAAUUCACAAAGUCCGACAGAUGCACUCAUUGAAAGGUGAAACAUCGGUGGCUAACAGCAGCCAGUCAGAAGGCUCAGUCUCCGCUCCGUCUGCCUCGUGUGAACCUAAUGACACUUUGGAUAACUCUCAGUCCAGAAGUGAGCAUUGUGAGACGUCAUCCAGUUCUAAUACAAAAUCAGAUACUGCAGCAGGAGGAGAAAGUUCAGGCCGUGCUGCUGCCUCUCGGGAGCCUAUUGCAUGUUCAAGUCAGAGACCUGCAGAGGAUCUCACCGUCAGAGUUGAAAGACUUACAAAAAAACUUGAAGAAAGAAGAGAAGAGAAAAGGAAAGAAGAAGAACAGAGGGAAAUUAAGAAGGAAAUUGAAAGGAGAAAAACUGGAAAAGAAAUGUUAGAUUACAAAAGAAGACAAGAAGAAGAAUUAACAAAAAGAAUGUUAGAGGAAAGAAAUAGAGAAAAAGCAGAAGACAGAGCAGCCCGUGAACGUAUAAAACAGCAAAUUGCAUUGGACCGUGCGGAAAGAGCUGCUCGUUUUGCAAAGACGAAGGAAGAAGCAGAGGCUGCCAAAGCUGCUGCUUUAUUGGCCAAGCAGGCAGAGAUGGAAGUCAAGCGAGAGUCAUAUGCAAGAGAAAGAAGCUCGAUUGCAAGAAUUCAGUUCCGUCUUCCUGAUGGGUCUUCCUUUACCAAUCAGUUUCCUUCUGAUGCUCCUCUUGAAGAAGCAAGGCAGUUUGCUGCACAGACUGUUGGCAACACUUACGGUAAUUUUUCACUAGCAACCAUGUUUCCCAGGAGAGAAUUUACCAAAGAAGACUAUAAAAAGAAAUUAUUGGAUUUGGAACUUGCCCCAAGUGCUUCAGUAGUACUAUUGCCAGCAGGGAGACCUACUUCAUCCAUUGUGCACUCUUCCAGUGGAGACAUCUGGACAUUAUUGGGGACGGUACUUUACCCAUUCCUUGCCAUUUGGAGAUUGAUCAGUAAUUUCUUGUUCAGUAAUCCUCCUGCACAGACUUCAGUGAGAACAUCAUUACCAGAAACUUCAAACUCUGCAUCAUCUGGCAAAUCAGAAAAAAGAGAACCAGUCAGAAAAAGAGUGCUGGAAAAACGUGGGGAAGAUUUUAAAAAGGAGGGGAAGAUAUACAGAUUGAGGACUCAAGAUGAUGGUGAAGAUGAAAACAACACUUGGAAUGGAAAUUCUACUCAGCAGAUGUAGUGCCACAGUAUAAUAUGUGCAAUAAUCAUUGUUGCUCUUACGAUUAAUUCAACUAAAAUUCUACUGGAGAAGAGGGACUGCUUGAUGCUUUCCAAA